AUGGCCUCUAAUGAAAUGGAAGUCGAUGACAAAGCCGAAUGGUCUGCUAAGAAUGAAGGAAAAUUCAUUCGUAUUUUGCAUGAGCAUGUGAAAAAAGGAGAUAUGCAAACAUCCACUUUCAAAAAGAAAAUUUGGAUGGAAAUAAGUGAUGAGUUGUUUGCUGAAACUAUGAAAAGAUACAAUGUGGCACAACUCAAGUCUAAGUUCAAUAGACUACGCAAAAAACAUCGUGAAUUUUCUGAUUUGAUUGAGCAUACCGGAUUUGGAUGGGACCCUAUUGCAAACAUUGUUACUGCAUCAGAGGAAGUAUGGGCUACUUAUAUUAAGAGAGUACCGGGAGUGAAGCCCUAUCGUAAGAAAGGCUUGGAACAUUAUGAAACUUUAGGGGAAAUAUUCAAUACUACUACUGCAACGGGUCAACUACAUUAUGCCUCUAGCCAGCUCCCUCCCAAUUCAGAUGAUGAGCGCGAGUUAGAGAAUAAGUUUCUUAACAAUGGAGUUCACAUCAAUCUUGAUGAGGAUUUCGAUGUUAAUAAUCAAAAUGAGAUCAGAGGGAAAAGAAAAGCUGUGACAGAGGCUCCACCUUCAGAGCGUCGAACAAAAAAAUGGGACAAAAUGGAAGCCUACUUAGAAAUUUGUGGUGAAGUGAUGAAAGAAAAGCUACAACAAAGAAAAGAAAAAAAUGCUGAAGAGAAUAAGGAGAAGUACUCCAUUGAAGAGUGUGUGCAAAUUGUGGAAACAUUGGGAGACAUUGAUCAUGCCACAUUUAUUAAAAUGAUGGAUAAACUUAUAGUUGUUGAAUGGAGGAGGCUUUUCCUUACCAUGUCAAAUGAAAGAAGGAGAGCUUGGCUAGCUAAUCUCUAG